CACCAUAUAUAUUGCAUGCGAUCCAGUUGGAAAACCCAAGUUGAGUGCUCCCGAGCGUAACCUCGCCGCUGCAAGUCCAUAGUCAGGUAACCACGCCGCGCGAAUUUCUUUGAGAUGGCGUGCUUAAACUAUAGCAAGCUAUAGCAUUCCUCCGCGAACGGCAAGCUUCGGCGGACGAAUCCAAGGCGUGAAGUGACCGCUAGAGCCGGUGUGACCGCGCGAUCGACGUCCUCACGCCGACCUUGGCUUCGAUCACUCUGUGCGAGAUAACUCAGAGUUCAUCGACAUGGCUUCGAUGCGCAACGUUAUUAAAGGUGUCAGUUUCAAGCUGAAGUGCCAAACGUUGGCCUUCGGACGUCGUUCGCUAUCCACUACGCGUGCGCUAGGCGUACAGCUCACCGUCCGGGAUGCCCUCAACUCGGCCAUGGACGAAGAGAUGGAGCGCGAUGAGCGGGUUUUCCUGAUCGGCGAAGAGGUGGCCCAGUACGACGGUGCCUACAAGGUGAGCCGAGGUCUCUGGAAGAAGUACGGCGACAAACGCGUUAUAGACACGCCCAUCACGGAGAUGGGCUUCGCCGGCAUCGCAGUCGGCGCCGCUUUCGCCGGCCUCAGGCCGAUCUGCGAGUUCAUGACGUUCAACUUCGCCAUGCAAGCCAUCGAUCAGGUGAUAAACUCGGCCGGCAAGACUUUCUACAUGUCGGCCGGACACAUCGCGGUGCCCAUCGUGUUUCGAGGACCCAACGGCAACGCAGCCGGCGUAGCCGCUCAACAUUCACAGUGCUUCGCUGCUUGGUACGGUCACUGCCCCGGCCUCAAAGUCGUGUCGCCCUACAGCGCGGAGGAUUGCAAGGGCCUGCUCAAGUCGGCCAUCCGAGACCCCGAUCCCGUCGUCUUCCUCGAAAACGAGCUCAUGUACGGCCACGCGUUCGAAGUGUCCGACGAGGUGAAGAGCAAGGACUUUCUUGUGCCCAUCGGCAAAGCCAAGAUCGAGAGGCCCGGUCAGCAUGUCAGUCUAGUGUCGCACUCCAAGGCGGUAGGCGUGUGCCUGGACGCCGCCAAGCAGCUGGCGACCCAAGGCGUUGAGUGCGAGGUGAUCAACCUUCGUAGCAUCCGGCCUCUCGACGAGGAGGCUAUCCAGGCGUCAGUCAUGAAGACCAACCGGCUCAUCACGGUCGAGAACGGCUGGCCCCACUUCGGCGUCGGAGCAGAGAUCUGCGCCAGCAUCGUCGAGAGUCCCGCGUUCGACUACCUGGACGCUCCCGUCAUUCGUGUGACGGGCGCGGACGUGCCGAUGCCCUACGCAGCCACACUUGAGCACGAGUCUGUGCCCACAGAAGAUCAUGUAGUGCUGGCCGUCAAGAAGUUGCUGAACAUGCAGUGAAGUGACUACGAAGCUAGAGAUCCCGUACUACCUCCUUCCUCGAAAUUAAGGCGGCUGGCACCAAGUUUUGAUUUUUGCACUUCGUCUUUGCAGCCAGUGUUUCUUUUCUUUUAGAUAGGUCUGAAUUUCAGUGUUAUGGCUUCAGAACUAAGUGCCGCCUCUUAAUCUGCAGAAUCGUGUGUGCUGUAACUCCGAAAGGUGACCACCCGACCCUUCGUGAUCUGUGUGCUUUGAGUGACCCCUGCUGUCCUUGUUGCAAAGUUCGAGCUGUGCCAUUAUAGCCUCAUCCAUUGCUGCAAGUGCAGUGACGUCUCACAAGAUUUGACCGUUUCACGUGCAUGCUUUUUACAACACACAAAUAUGUGCGCAAUGUGUGGCACAGCCAAAAUGGUGAGCAAAGAAAAAGUAAUCAGCAGACCAAGUCUGCCUUGUCAGAAGUCCAAUUGUUUUUUCUUAAAAGAUUUAUUGGUGGUUACUGUCUCACUGGAAUAUCCAUAGAAAUCAUGGAUUCUUUAGGUAUUUUUUGGUUGUGACAAACUUGCAAAUUGCAUUGAUGUGAGCAAGAAGCUGACAAGCUAUUGAGUUUGGUCAAAGUGAACACAGCUAUCCUGCAGUGUGUUUUUAUUUUAGCAUGGCACUUCAAAGUAAGCCAGAAAGAGGAUCAUGAAACUGAGAUUUACAGGCUGUCGUGUGUGCAGGCUCCGUUCAGGUGCUUGAUAUUUAUGCAAAGGGUGCUCAUGUUAGAUUUAAGAUCUUAAUAGGUGAUGAUGAAACGGUGCCAUUUAUAUUGAACUCAGAUCUGGUCAACAUGUUUCACAAUAUGUCCAUUUUAGAUUUAAGGCCUAUCAGCAGCAUUCUUUAUGACGAUAAACUUUGUCCUUGAAUCUGUGUAAAGCUUGUUUACUUGAACCCAUUCUGUCGUAUGUCCUGCGUGCACAACUUAGUUGACAAUCACUAUUCCAUGAUCUUCGAAAUGUUUUCAAGCUGGUUUUGAACCAGUGUUGUGGAGCCCGAAAGCCCAAUUACAGCUAAAUUGGAAAGACAAUAGCAGACUGCUGUGAUAGUAUCACACUGCAAGUGAAACGCAAACAAGAAUCAUGCACACACAAUGUGACCCCAGCAUCUGUAUUGCAGAUGGGCAUGGUGACCAACAAAGUCUUUAAAAUUGAGGAAAAUGUGAGCCUGUCUUGCAAAAUGUGCAAAAAGGCAUUACUGGGUUAUUUCUGAGUUGCUGCCAUGAUUUCUGCGACAUCUCCACUCACAGGUUUGCUUGUCCACCUACUAAAUUGUGCUUACCUCUGAAGCAUUUGACUCAGGUCUUGAAGCAUUUUGCCAAUUAGUGCAAGCAUUAAAUGGUGCCCUUUUCUGUUUAUAAAUUAAAAACAUUCAACAGUA